UUGCAGUUGGGCUUUUUCACCUACUACACUGUCGCUAAGGGCGAAGUCAACCCUUCAGGACCGGUUCCCAUCGACAGCAUCUUCAUCUACCGACCAGACAAAAGACGCGAAAUCUGGAGGUUCGUCUUUUACAUGUUCCUCCAUGCAGGAUGGCUUCACCUGCUGUUCAACCUCGGGGUACAGGUGGUCGUGGGCCUGCCGCUAGAAAUGGUGCAUGGGAGCCUCAGGAUCGCCGCUGUUUACAUGGCCGGAGUCCUUGCCGGUUCCUUGGGCACGUCGGUCUUCGACCCAGAUGUCUACCUCGUGGGUGCCAGUGGCGGAGUUUACGCCCUUCUCGCCGCCCAUCUCUCCAACGUCAUGCUGAACUACAACAAUAUGGAAUUCGGCAUUGUUCGGCUCAUCGGUAUUGUCAUUAUCGCGAGCGCAGACGUGGGCUUCGCGAUCUACGACAGGUACGCGGCCGAGCAGCUUGGACUGCCGGUCUCGUACGUUGCCCACCUGACGGGGGCCCUGGCCGGCCUCACGAUCGGCGUCCUCGUCCUCAAGAACUUCGAGCAGCGGCUGCACGAGCAGCUACUGUGGUGGGUCGCCCUCGGAGUUUACGCCGCCUGCACGAUAUUCGCGGUCAUGUAUAAUCUCAUGCACCCGGACUAUCCAUGACGCGAGGUGAGCUUCGCGUACGGCCACCCGCGGCAAACGUAACGCGAAGCCGACGCCCCGUCCGCCGCUAGGAGUGAGGAGGAGGAUGUGAAUGAGAAUGAGAAGGA